AACUGCAGUGCGCACUGGCUCCAGCUGCGCGCUCCGCCGCUCAGCGCACGCGGUCCAUUUUUAUUUUUUAAACAUAGAGGCUCUUUGAUGGUGGUUAGGAAAGUCUGAACCGUAUUGUUUGCCGGGAUUUUACGUCAAGGAGAAAAUGGAAACUUUUGCGCGAACAGAAACAGUGAAGAGAACCUGAAUGCUUCGCGCAGCGGACUGAGGUUUAGUUUUGAGGAGAGACUUCAGUCAUGGAUCCAGAAGAUCAACUAAACAUGAGUCAACUGGAAGAGUCUUACCUUGAUACUCUGAACUGCUGCUCCACUGCACUCUCAUUGAAUGACGAGAGUCUUCUGAAGCUGGAUGACAGUACAAAACUGGUUGGAGUUCAGGUUAUUCUCAUCCUGGCUUACAGCACCAUCAUCCUGUUUGGAGUCACCGGAAACUCCUUGGUGGUUUACGUCGUCUACAAGUUUAGGAAUCUUCGAACUGUGACAAACUUCUUUAUCAUAAACCUGGCUGUGGCUGACCUGCUGGUUAACACUCUGUGUUUGCCCUUCACCCUUAUCUACACACUCUAUGAUGAGUGGAUGUUUGGGCAGGUUUUGUGCUACCUGCUGCCCUUUGCUCAAGGCAUGACCGUGCAGGUCUCCACCAUCACUUUAAACAUCAUUGCCCUGGACCGGCACAGGAGCAUCGUGCACCACAUGGAGACUAAGAUGUCCAAAGACAUGUGUGCCAUGGUUAUUGUCUUCUCCUGGGUGAUCAGCGCUUUGCUGGCAAGUCCUCUUGCCAUUUUCAGGGAGUACGGGUCAUUUGACUUUUCACCAGAGGAGUCCAUUCAGGUGUGCACAGAGAAGUGGCCAGGAAGCAGCAUGAACGGACGGCUCUACAGCAUGUCAAUGCUGGUGGUGCAAGUCGCCAUACCUUUGGCCAUCAACUCUGUUGCAUACAUUCGCAUCUGGAAGAAGCUGAAGCAUCACAUGAAGUGUGGUCGCAAUGACCACCAGCGCAGGAGGAAGACCACUAAGAUGAUGCUGACCAUGGUGGUGGUUUUUGCCGUCUGCUGGUUGCCUUUCCACGCCUUUCAGCUGGCAAUUGACAUUGAUAACACCGUUCUGCACAUGAAGGACUUUAAGCUGGUCUUCACUGUUUUCCACAUCUUGGCGAUGUGCUCAACGUGCGUCAAUCCCAUCCUGUAUGGAUGGAUGAACAACAACUACAGGACGGCUUUUUUGACUGUGUGCAAAUGUUGUGGCUCCCUCACUGUGAACUCCACAAGCAGAGAGGCACAAAAAGACAGGGUUUGUACUGAUGAUAAAUCGACAAACGUCUAAGAGUCUGAGAGUGUCUAUUCACAAUUGAUUGUGGCUUAUUUUUGGAUUUUGACCUUCAAAAAUGGCAGAAAAGGACAAUAACUUCAAUUAAUUUAAUAUCUGACAAGUGUUUUCACCUUUUAAGCAGUUAAAUGAACAACACAGAGCAACCGGGAACAAAGUAUUUCACAGCACAACUGACAAUAGAAGAGCUAGCUUUAUGAAAAUACGUAGUUAUUUUGCAUUUCAAGUUAUCUUUUAAUUCUAUUGUGGUAUAGCCUCUUCAUUAGAUUUAUUUUUUUUGCAGAAGAUUUUUUCUUUUUGUGAAAAAAGAAAUUAAUACAAAGUUUAAGUGUAAUUCUUCAAAAACAGAUCAAAAGUGCUUUUUUGUUUUUUUUCUCAUGUGGUGCAGAGGAGCUCUGGGUAUAACAUAGAGUCAAAUCAUAACCAAGUUCCCUUUUUAGCAAGUGAAACUUUGGUUCAAAGAUGACUUUUAUAGACGACCGUUUAAUAUUCUUUUCAUCUUCUGAGAUGAUCAAAUGAAUGACUUGACUGCAACUGUGACACUUUAUUUAAAUGGUGUGCAGCUCUGUGUCCAGAUGCCCCUGUCAUGAUUAAGUAUUAAAUGACUUGUGAUAGAUUGCUUCAAUGAAAGAAUAAAAGUAAUUCCAAUUUGGUUCUCAGACGUCCAGAUUUUAGAUUUUAAUUAAUGCACC